AUGACUUCAAAUGAAAUCAAAACAUUUGUGUUCUUUGAUAUAGAAACGACAGGUUUGCCUGAUUAUGAAUUUAAUAGGACAAGAAUAACAGAGUUGACGAUGGUAGCGGCACAAAGAGAUCAUUUCAUGGAUUGCAAAUAUAAAACGUUGCCUAGAGUUAUAAACAAAUUAACAUUAUGUGUUAAUCCUAGAAGGAUCAUCACUUCAACUGACAUUACAGGUUUGGCAAAUGAUAUUCUGGAACACCAGAGGGUAUUUGAUUUAGAUACAAUAAAAAUGAUAGAACUAUUUUUAUCGAGACUACCAGAACCUGUUUGUUUAGUUGCUCAUAAUGGAAACAAAUUUGAUUAUCCCAUAUUGCAAAAGGAAAUACAUAAACUUGGACAGAAACUAUGUGAGAGCAUUUUAUGCGUAGACAGUUUAAAUGCUUUUAAAGAAUUACAUGAAUUAAAUUUAAUGCCUGAUAACAUAAAUGAUACAAUAACACUAGAUAUAAAACCACUUGAGCAAUUGUCUCAAGAGAAUUCAAUAAUUGAUCAAAUUGUUGUAGAAUCAACAGAGAAAUCUUGCAUGAAUGAUAGCAUUUCCGAUUUAAAAUCAACUGAUGAAUUGGAUAAUUCAAAAUUAUCUGAUGGUAAAUUUAGUGAUUUCAAGAAAGAACUAAAUUAUUAUCAACCUGAGGCUGUGAGAAUUAUCAAUGAAACAACUCCAACACGGUCCACAAGCUCGACAUAUAUUGAAAAUAAUUUAAGAGCUAAAAGAGAACGUACUGAUUAUAAUGAUAGAAAUUGCACAAGUGCAAAAAAGUGCCUUUUUGUAUCUAAAACUAAAACGUCGUUUAAGUUAGGUGAUGUUUAUAAAAGAAUUUAUAAAGAAGAUGCUAAAGAUGCACAUAAUGCUGAAGGUGAUGCAAUAACAUUAAUGUAUAUUGCAGCAGCUUGCGGUUUGAAAUUUUUUAAAUGGUGUGAUGAAAACUCAUCUCCGUUUUAUUUAGUAAAACCUAUUUAG